AUGGAGGACUUGGAGAGGUUGAAGAAGCUACGCACUGCUUGUCGGGGAACUGUGACACGCACUACUUCGGACCUCACAGCUCUUUUGGCUACGACUCCUUUGCCCCACGAUCAGCUCACAUCAAAGCUAACAUUCCUAGAAUCUAAAGCAGCGACCUUGGCACAGCUGGAUGGCCGACUACAGGGUAUCAUCGAGGAAAACCUUUUAGAAGACGAAUGCACAGCCUGCGAUCGAUAUCUUGAAUCUAUCACGGCUAUCACGGUACAGGUCCGCAGGGCGUUGUCGACAACUGCAGGUCCAGUUUCAAACAACCACCGCGACGGUCAUCAGGCUUCACCGCAACAUGGGCACGGUGCUAGUGAUGGAGUCAGUUUGCCCAAGCUUCAUAUCGACACUUUCAAUGGUGAGCUUUCAAAAUGGCAAGGGUUUUGGGACCAGUUCAGAACAAGCAUACACGACAACUCACGGCUUUCGCAAGUCAACAAGCUUAAAUAUCUCGUGUCGCUUGUGUCUGGAUCUGCUGCUACGGCCAUCGAAGGUUUGACCAUCACUGAUCAAAAUUAUGUUACUGCUGUUGACAUCCUAAAGGCACGCUUCGGCAAGGACAAGCUUCUUAUCAACGAUCAUCUGGACUCAUUAUUCGAUCUUAAGCCCGUUACGGACUUUCAGGAUGUCCGAGGGUUACGAGACUUACAUGGGACUGUAACUGCUCGGGUUCGAAAUCUGCAAGCUUUAGGCAUUCCGACGAGUCAAUAUGACGUCGCUGUUCGUCGAGCAAUUGUGCGCAAGAUUCCUCAUGAGCUUGAGCUCGAGUACUAUCGUAUGCACGGAAGAGACGCGACCCUCGCUCCUGAAAGCUUGUCAGAUCUUAUGGAUUUUUUGAACAAAGAAAUGGAAUGCCGUGAACGCCUUCGCAGAGACGCAGCAUUAGACAACGUUGGAUCGCGACCGAAAACAGGAGGAGGAAGUGGUGUCAAACGAAAAUCAUCGCUCUCGUUUUCCGCGUCAUCUUUAGCGGCAACUGUUACGCAGCAGAGCUGUGUCCUGUGCAAGUCAAAAGAUCAUGCGCUUGAAAGUUGCACGGCCAUACUCACUCCUGAGGAAAAAAGAAUCAUCCUUCGUCGUGAAGGCAGAUGCUUUCUUUGUGGAAAGAGGUCCCACCUGUCCAAGGAUUGCCGGGUCUGCUGGAGGCUUCGUUGUGGAAAGUGUAACAGACGACACCUUACGCAGUUAUGUCCAGGUCCUUCAGUGCCUGCUCAGAAUCAUACUUCGGUUACAACGGUUGUUGAGGACGUAGUUACCUCAUUUUCUUCAUCAGAAGUUUCGAAGACUCCAAAGUGCUCAGAAGUCCUUCUGCAAACCGCUAAAGUUUGGCUUGUGGGACCACGUGGACGAAAACAGCUCAUCAGGGUCUUGUUUGACGGGGGAAGUCAAAGAAGUUUCAUUCGCGCCGACAUAUCAAAACGCAUGGAAUGUAAAGACGUACGGUCAGAAGAUCUACGAAUUCACACCCUUGGGAAUGUCACAUCCGCUCGAACACAACACCGUUGUGUACAACUUGUAUUGCGAAGCCAGGACGCUUCUCACACACUUGUGAUGGAUGCAAUCGAGUACGACCAGAUUUGCACUGACAGCCUCCCGUCUUUACCCUUCGACAUGUCGAAACAACUGAAAGAUAUGGGCCUUCAGCUAGCUGAUGAACCGUUUUCGGCGCCUGUCGAGAUUUCUCUCCUGAUUGGUUCAGAUUAUUACUGGCAAGUCGUCACUGGACAAACUGUUCGACUUUCGAAACAUCUUGUUGCAGCUGAAACCCUUUUCGGGUGGACCAUCCAAGGAGUCUGUUCGUCCGAUGGCAUGAAGGGACGACACGAUAUUCAAGUUAUGAAGAUUGGCGUGGAAACGGAUGUCGAGGUUGAUACCGACAGGAUAUAUUCGCAACUACAGGCAUUUUGGGACCUCGAGCAUCUAGGCAUCACGGACCAGUGUUCAACGUCCAGUUCCUACACUGACCCCAUUCUUCAAGAGUUUAGCACUUCAGCAUGCCUACAGAACGGGCGAUAUAUGGUCCGUCUCCCCUGGAACCUGGAGAAGCGUCACAUGCUAGGCGAUAACAAGGUGCUCGCGUUCCGACGGUUGAGUUACACCACCAAGAGGCUGCUACCGGAUCCCAGUCUAAUGGAAGAGUACGACUCUACGAUUCGUCAAUAUCUGCUAAAUGGACAUGCGGAGCGCUUUGCAUUGGAUCCACGGAUCUCCCUCGGCGUGGAAACCUUUUGUACGGAACCGCGUUGCGGAGAUUCAAUCUUCUACGCAAACCCGCCAAUGGAGACACUGCCCUGGUCCCGACAAUCCUGCCGACCUUUUCACGAGGGGUGUGUCAUGCCGACGCCUUCUGGACACUACGUGUUGGUGGAAUGGCCCGAGUUGGCUGUGCAGUCCUGA